AUGGUGGCCUUGGGUUGCUUUCUCUUUUUCCUUGUAUCAUUCUGUUCUUUUUCUCCAUCAUCUUUUGCAUUAUCUGAUAUUGAAGCCGCUUCUAUUGCCCGUCGACAGCUUUUAGGUGGCAAUGGCGAGCUUCCAAAUACGUAUGAGUCUGAAAUUACCAUUAACAUGACAUUCGCGAAUGCCAGGUUGAAGAAAGCUUAUGUUGCUCUUCAGGCAUGGAAGAAAGCUAUUUACUCUGAUCCAACAAACUUCACGGCUAACUGGGAGGGUAACAAUGUCUGUGCCUAUAAAGGUGUCUUUUGUGACAACGCUCUUGAUGAUCCCAAUAUCUCUGUUGUUGCUGGGAUUGAUCUUAACCAUGCAGACAUAGCUGGACACCUCCCCGUGGAGCUUGGCCUCUUGACUGAUGUUAGUCUCAUCCAUAUUAAUUCCAACCGAUUUUGUGGAAUCAUUCCCAAGAGCAUUAAAAAUCUUAUGCUUUUGGAUGAGAUUGAUUUCAGCAACAAUCGUUUCGUGGGACCAUUCCCGGAUGUUGUGCUUGAGUUGCCUAAACUCAACUUCCUUGAUCUUAGGUUCAACAACUUUGAAGGUCAAGUGCCUUCCGCGCUAUUUGAGAAGAAUCUUGAUGCAAUAUUCAUCAACAAUAAUCGAUUCCACUCGACCAUCCCUGAAAGCUUGGGCAAUUCCACUGCUUCCGUGGUGGUAUUGGCGAAUAACAAGUUCUUUGGUUGCAUCCCAAGCAGUAUUGGUAAAAUGGGCAACUCAUUAGAUGAGCUUGUAUUCACUAACAAUGAACUCUCUGGUUGUUUACCUGAAGAGAUUACUAAGCUCACGAGCCUAACACUGCUCGAUAUUAGCGGAAAUAAGUUUGUUGGAUCGUUACCUAAGGAUUUGAAGUCGAUGCAGAAAGUGGAAAUCUUUGACAUUGCAUCGAAUAAGUUCAUAGGAAAUGUUCCAAAGAACCUUUGCACGUUGCCUAAUUUAGCCAAUUUCACAUUCUCUAAGAACUACUUUGAGAGCAUGGAUGAAACAUGUAUGCCAUCAGAGACGAAUAAAGUUGAGAUAGAUGGUGAUGAGAAUUGUUUGGGGGGGAGAUCAGAGCAGAAGACAGAGAAAGAGUGUUUCCCUGUUGUGAGCAACCCUGUUGAUUGCAGUAAAGGUCAUUGCGGAGUUUCACGGGAAGGACAGAGUCCAAAAGAUCCACCUAAAACAUCUCCGCCAAAAUCCCCGACUCCUUCAAAACCACCAACACCAACGAGUCCAAAACCAAAGCCAUUUCCACCACCACCAGUAGCAUCACCUCCUCCACCUCUAGUCGGAUCUCCGCCACCUCCGGUAGCCUCACCACCACCACCACCAGUAGCCUCAUCUCCACCCCCAGUUAACUCACCACCACCUCCCGUCCACCCACCACCACCACCUCCUGUUCACUCACCUCCACCUCUCGUCCACUCACCACCACCUCCGGUAGUAUCACCUCCACCUCCCGUCCACUCACCACCACCUCCGGUAGGGUCGCCUCCACCUCCAGUCCACUCACCACCACCAGCGGUAGCAUCACUUCCACCUCCUGUCCACUCACCACCACCACUGGUAGCAUCACUUCCACCUCCUGUCCACUCACCACCGGUAGCGUCUCCUCCACCUCCAGUCCACUCACCACCGCCACCAGCAGCCUCACCUCCACCUGCUCAGGUAUUCUCUCCUCCACCACCUGUCCACUCACCUCCACCCACUUUUGAGGAGGUCGUUCUUCCCCCAACAUUGGGCUCGCUGUACGCCUCACCACCACCACCAAUUUUCCAAGGUUAUUAAGAGGUUCGCCAUUCUGAUUUUCAAUGGCACAAAAAUUAGUUAAAACAACGUGUACCAAUCAAUC